AUAUAGCGAAAUUAAUUGUGGUCUGAGGCCAUCUCCGAUUAUUCGACGCGCCCUAGUGAUGGGAGAUAACUAUAACAAUCUAGAUGACCUUGCCAUUGAAUGGAAAAAGAAAGAAAAAUCUGUCAAAAUUAAUUAUCUCUCUGCAAUGGCGCAUAAAUGCAUUCCUUGAAUGUAGCAUACGUAUUUGGCAAGUGACAUAUGUUUUAACAUCUUCGAAGCACUGACAACCUCGUCUUGAACUCUUGCAGGUCUUGCAUAAAUUCAGCUACAGGCCGGUGUUUUGAAAUGUGUUAUGUGAACUGACCGCUGCACGAUGAGUAAAGAGUUGCCUGGAGGGGCUCAAAAUGAUUCUAGUGUAUUCUCAUUGCUGCGUAACUUUGAUCGAUACAACGAUGACAAUUUCAAGCUGUCACAGACACCACCGGGAGGACUAAACUCACCUCCAAACAGUGCCACGCAGAAGAGUAGAUUCCCUACUCUGGAACAAGAGGACAAGAACACAGUAAUCAUUCAUACCAGUGGACCAUCAGUUGUGGGUUUCUCACCAGUAGGACCAUCUCCGGUAAAUUCCGACAAGCCCGGGAAUAUCCACGCCAGUGUCGGGCAGCCAAGUUAUGCUAUCAGUGACGAGGUCUUGAGAAGCAAACUCACAGCUGUGACUCCCGGCAGAUCAUCAGCAUCACAAGCUGCAUCACAGGCCCCACACAGCAGUGACCAGACAUCUCCUUCCUCUAAGACAAUAGCCAAGCUCUACGAGAAGGCUGUCGGCCGGACCUCUCAGUCCCAGCCCUCCUCUCCGCACAUUGUGCGAAGGAUGGUGAGAAUUUCAUCGAUGGACAACUUUGAGAAGAUUAGUGGAGGAAAAGGAGAGAUGAAGGAGGAGUUGGUGAUGGCCGGGAAGAGUCAGGUUGUGGCAGCAUCAGCAGCUUCUGUAGCAGUGGCUUCCUCUGAGCAGGAACAUGCCAAAAGGAUGUGUCCAGUUCCAGAGAUGAGUUCCGAUUCUAUGGACUCUGCGUUCCCACAGACUAACCGGUCACGAUCAGGGUUAGGGCAGUGGCUGUGGGGCAAGGAGUCAAAAGUGACAGUGAAAGAUAGGGAAAUGAAUUUCAUUUCACCUACCUCGUUUUGACGAAGUCGAGAAUGUUGUAUGUUAUAAUUUAUCCUGUUAAUGUGGACUGCUGAAAGGAGUUAAAAGUUAUUGUUAAGGACAGAGAAAUGAAUGUUAUUUCUCCUUCUUACUUUGUUUUCACUUAUUCAAUUGUUGUUCUCAGAAUGUAUGUUGUAAUUUAUUCUAUAUAUGUGUAUCAGUAAAAUCAGUAAAAUGGGUUGAAAGUUAUGGCAGAAGACAGAGAAAUGUAUUUCAUUUCAAAUAUGUUAUUCAAAUGUUGUAUUCAGAAUGUGAUGUACGUAUGUUAUAAUUUAUCCUCUUUGUGUAUCAGUAAAAUGGAUUGAAAGUUUUGGCAAAAGAAAGCGAAAUGAAAUGAUACGUUGUGUUCAAUUUUUUUAAUGUUGUAUUCAGAAUGUAAUAUACAGUAGAAUCUCGUCGGUUCGACCUUGGAAGGGUCGAACACACUGCAACGCUGAAACCAAAAAUGAGGUGCCGAGUUUUUUGUUCGGUAAACCCUUAUAUUAACUGCUGAAGGGUCGAACACAUCCAGGGUUGACUAUAAGCCUUUGCUCAAACUAAAUUAUCGGUCCCAUCUGUGUUAAUAGCUAUAUUUCCCUUGAACUUGUGAUCCAUCAAAUAUCAAAUGGUAAACCACCAAACAGGACUAACACUUGCUGCGCUUGUGCAGUUGAUUAUUACAACCUUCGGAUUAAUUAUUUAGGCGGAACAAGCUAUAAAAAGAAAUGUUUUAUUUAAUGACACAGCCAUAGAUGAAUCGGGGAAUCGCAACACUAGCCAUGCAAUCAUUUCAUUACCACACUUGUCAUGUUGUUUGUUAAGCGACUAUCGGUAAUGAUCUUUCAAGUACAGCUAGUGUUACCGCAACUGUUAGAUGAACCGUGAUACCAAUCAAACAAUUAGUGCACAAACGGGCCUCAGCAUAAAGCGUUACUUUGAAAACGACUACAUUUCUGGAAAGUGGACAGUGCUGGGUUUUUUAUUGUUGAAAUAUUCAAAUUGUUUGGUAAUAAAUUCAUGUAAAUACAGACUAAGAAUUUGCCAUUUAUUUAUUUUAUUUUAGUGCACUUACAUGUAUUACACAAUUUGUAUCUAAUUCAACUUUCUAACUGAUGUUACGGAAAUGUCCGAUGUUGAUCGAAUGGUUCGGUAGAACUACCCAAUGGGUUGAACACUUUCUUGAGCACCGACAAGGUUCGAGCCAAUGGGAUUCAACUGUAUGUUAUGAUUUAUCCUCUUUGUGUAUCAGUGAAAUGAGUCAAGUUAUGGCGAAAAUCAGAGAAUUAAUUUCAUUUCACGUACGUUUAAUUGUGUUCAGUUAUAUUCAGAUGUUGUAUUCAGAAUGUAAUGUUUGUUGUAAUUUAUCAUGUUUGUGUAGUGGUGAAAGAGUCUGAAAGACCGAGAAAGGACUUUCAUUUUACCUACUUUGUUUACAGUCAUUCAGAUGUUGAACUCAGAAUAGAUGUUUUUGAAUGUUGUACUCAGAAUAGAUUUUUUUCGAAUAUUGUACUCAGAAUAGAUGGAGAAAAGUUAAAGCUGCAGAAUCUAGUUUUUAGGCAGCACAAAAUAUAUUCAAGUAGUAAUUACCACUUUUUUUACCGUUAACUUACACAUGACUUACACCUUUAAAAUAUGUAAAUUUCUUCUUUUUGUCCUACCGGCCUCGGUGGCGUCGUGGCAGGCCAUCGGUCUACAGGCUGGUAGGUACUGGGUUCGGAUCCCAGUCGAGGCAUGGGAUUUUUAA